AUGACAUAUAAUCCCUUGACCAUCGUAUGGGCCAAUGGGAAUGAUGUAGUUGUCUCUUCUCGAAUGGCAUUCGGCUACUUCACUCCUCCACCUUAUGAAGACGCAGAGUACACCAUUCUCCCCGGCACUGUCGUCAAUGAUACACACUACUCCGUCACGGCAUUAUGCCGAGGCUGCACAUACUGGGCGCCAUACGGAAACGAUCCAACAUCCUUAGAUCCCAACGGAGAAAACUACUUGGCGUUUGCUUCCUCUGGCGUGCCAGUUGAUGACCCGGCAGCCAACGACACAACUUUCGGUAUCCACGAGCGCGUAGGACACUGGAUGCACAACUUCCAGCCGGCUCAGGCAGUCGACUUCGAUUCUUGGUCAGAAGGCAAUGAUGAUGGCGAAAGUUCUACCAGCACCGUCACCAAAACGACUCUACUGACCACCUUCUCGACAUCCACUUUGCAUAGUACCACAACCCUCAAGACUACUGUCACGAGGACAGGUGUUUUACCCAGCAGCGCAACCGCAACUGUCUCAUCUUCGCGUUCUACUUCGACAUCGUCCUCCAUCGUAUCUAGCGCCCCUGUGCCUCCAGUCCCCAACUCGUGCUCCGGCGUCAGUGCCUUCAGAUUCGGAUACCAGACUGCUAGUGGCUGGAAGGCCGUUAAGCUGGCUGGAUCUCUGACAGGUCCCCGCGGAUUGGUCGUUGACUCUGAAGGCAAUCUACUCCUCGUGCAGUCCGGAAAAGGUGUCACGGCUCACACCUUUGGGGCCGACGGCUGUAUCUCUUCCACAAAGACCCUAAUCAGUAACCCUUUGCUAAACCAUGGCAUCGGCUUGACGCCCGAUGGUAAGACGUUAUACGUCAGCUCCAUGACUACCGCAUGGUUGUACGCCUACGACGCAAAAGCUCAAAGUGUGAGCGCGCAGACUGUCGUCGUCAAGGGAAUGCAUCAGGGAGGUCACCCGACACGCAACCUCAUCAUCCCGCCGGCAACACCGCAUCUCCUCGUCAUCCAGCAAGGCUCUUACAGCAAUUUUGACUAUGAAUCGCUCAACAAGGCAGUGGCGCGUGCUGUAGUCAAAGUGUUUGACAUGCGCAGUGUGCCAUCCGGAGGUUACACCUACGCCUCCCAGGGAUGGUUUCUCGGCUGGGGUCUGCGUAACGAAGUGGCUCUCGCAGCGGACGGAAACAAUGCCAUUUGGGGAGUGGAGAACAGCGGUGACGAUUUCGCUCGCACAGUCAACGGCCAAAGCUACGACAUCCAUAACGACAACCCAGCAGAAGAGCUGAACUUCCUUGGUGAUCCUUCCCAGGCAAACGACCAGUGGUACGGGUACCCGACCUGCUUCUCUGUCUGGGAUCCCUCCGUCAUCAAGGACAAGAGCUUCAAGGUCGGCCAACAAUUCGUCGUCGCCCCCAACAGCACCUACAACGACGAUACAUGCACUCAACGCUCCGUGGCACCCAGACUUUCGAUCCAAGCACAUAGCGCACCCAUCGGCGCCGUAUUCGACAGCGCAUUCCAAAACCUGUACGUCACGCUGCAUGGCUCAUGGAACAGGUCACCUGCUACGGGCUUCAAGGUGUCCGUGGUGCCGUUCACCAAUGUUGCCAGUGGUGGAUAUGAUCCGGUUGCUGCUGCAGACUCUAAGACUGGUUAUACGGACGUUUUCUGGAGCACAAACGUCGGAAGCUGCACUGGUUCGACCUGCUUUAGACCUUCCGGCAUCGUCUUUGACAAGGGGUUCUCGAGAUUGUUUGUAGCCAGUGACAACACCGCGGAGGGAGAACUUUUCAUGCUUGUCAAGUCUUGAGCCAGAUACAUGUCGUUUCUUACAGAAAGAAAGUGGUGUAGAACCAUUUCGAGAUAAUCACUCCGAUUAUUGAAGUCAAUUUAUGACAUGGCGAAGUCCUUCCUUCCGUUUUAUCCAUAGACAAAGUGAAUUCAGGCUGUGAGCAUUGUACCAUCAACCAUACGCAGCCGAAGAAGUGUUACAAUGAGAGCAAUAG